UUUCUCUGUGAUAUAAAUAUGAAAUUUCUAUUGUAAGCAUACAUCUGUAUUUCAUAUGGUAUAUUUCAAGCAGAAGAUAUCAAUUUUUACAUGCCCGUUCACUAAAAGGAACAAGAAACAAAUCGUAUAACGCCGAAUAUUAUUAAACAAAUUACACGAAGAAAAUAUUAUCACGAGAUACACGUGCGUCAUUUCAAAAGAAGAUCGUCCUUAUCCAUGCGUUUGAUUGCAACAGUAAGUAACAAAGUCUGUUGGAGAAUGGUCAACAAUUUCGAAAAAAGAGAAUUUCAGGAAACGCAAAACAGUUUCCUACGUUUGCCAGGAGCGUUGUCGGCGUUGGAUGUUAAGAGAUUGGUGGAGAACGGGGGUCGAAAAUAACUAACAAGUCAAAAGAGGAAAGGAGAACGAUUCGACGGCUCUUCCGAGAGAUUUAACCACGCAUCAGGAUAGCUGCUAUUACAUCCCUCACAAGUGGUUGUGUACACGAAUUAAAAGGUGAUUGCCCAAAAGCACAAGCAUGUCCGCGCAGAAGGCAAUGUUCGUGAACAAACAAUUCAACUCUCCUAUCAAUUUGUAUUCACCUCAAGCAAUACAGGAAACUUUGGAUAGGCAAACUCAAGUUCUAGCUAAUGGUGCAGUUGGGAUCGAUUUCAAUCAACUCGCCAAACCAGCGAAUUUACAAAACAGUGCGGUUCUACGAAUGCUUGAAGAGGAAGAAGCAAGGCAACGAGGUGGUCAACCCAGACUUAAGCGCGUAGCUUGGCCUCCACCUCCAGAAGAUCAGGAUUUAGAUUUCGUGGAGCAAGGACCCGUACAAGCAAAGACUCGUGGAAUCGGUGAUCUCGCCUCGUACCAGAGCAGUCCCUCGUCAGGUUCAUCACCCCAGCCGCCUUCGACGAUCGCUCGUUCGUCGACUCGAAGCGCCGUUCCAUCGUCUCCGUCACCUGUUAGUCCUGGUGGAACACUGCGACAACCGUCACACUUUCAACUUCAGUCAGCGCCAAAGGGUUGGCGACCGGUAACACCACCGGCUACUUCUCCUAUCUCGCAACAACCGAUACAGCCGAAUUGGUACAAUCAGCAACAGCAACAAGAUCAUCGUGCUCAGCAGCAUCCUCAAGAUUAUAGUUCACCACGACUGGCACAAACUCACGCCCCUGCCGUUUUUGAAGCACCGCCGUCCACAAUCACACUUCGCCCGGAGCCUCCAAUCUCACAGGCACCAGCGCCAGUUUACCAAGCACAACCUGCCGCGACAAAGGCUCCAGUAAGCGGAAACAUGAGAGGAGACUUGAAGUGGCCGCCAGCAUCGGUGAGAGCUCAAACGGAAGCCGAAAACAGAGCUAGGAUGGAAUUAGCGAGAGGUCCUGCUGUUAGACCUCGCAGAGUGCACAAGGACUAUAGCGGAUUUUUCGCUCAACACGCUUUGAACAGUACCUAUCCUGGUUAUCGAGCUCCACCAGGCACUCAAUACUUCACCCCUUCUUAUCAUAAUUAGCAAAUUUAUCCAAGAGAUGUUUACUUUUCUCGUAAUGUCAUCCUGAGCUCGAUGUUUCACGACAUUUGUAAAAACCGCAAUUUUGAAAUCAAAUAUUUGAAAACCUGAAAUACUACAACUUUUUAAAUUACAAACGGAAAGAACGUUAACGUAUAUAUUUCGGUUCAAAUUUCUUUAUAUAUAUAUAUAUAUAUAUAUAAUAUGUAUAUAGGACUUAGGACUGUACACGCAUGACAAAAUGCGUAUUCCGCUCUUCCAGUUCUUAGUCCAAAUUAGUACUUUCACGAGAUACACAAGUUACUUUUUCCAGGUUUUUGAAACGCUUCCUGUUCGCAUUUUGAAUUUUAACAUAAAUAUUUUUGUAUAUAUUGAGACUGAUGCAACACUUGCUUUUUCUCGCCGCGACUCUCAUUUGCGCGUAAAAAUUAAAAUAAUAGUUUAGCUUUAAAAACAUAUCCUUUUUAUGUAAUAAAUAUAAAUAAAUAUCGACAUACAAGUGAAAGUUAAUGUUUUUAACGGAACAACGUAUAUCUCGUGAAAGAAUCACAAUUAAUUCAAAUAUGUGUUCCGAUGAAAUAUUGCUACCAUAAUGAAAAAUGUCGAUUAAUGCAGAUUUUUCAACGACUAACGAAUAUCUCUGUUCGAAUAAACAUCGAAUAAAAUACGAUAAAUUCUUAUGAAUAAAUCAUUAAUAUCGAAUAUCGAAAAAGUUAAAAAAAAUUGAUCAUGUGUCUAUUGACUAAUUAACGAAACUUUUUAAUAAUGUAAUAUAUUGAUGUGUAUAAAUAAAAGAUAUUUACAGAUUCAACUAUUAAA